AUGGGCGUUCCCGCCCGAAAUACUCGCAUCGUGGCCACGGAAGCGACGCGCACCGCCUCCAACGCCGCCGAGUUCAUGCGCGCGCUGCACGGAGCUACGGGGAUUGCCGUCGAGACACUGAGCAAGGCUGAGGAGGGCGUCGUGGGCGCAUGGGGAAUCGCCAGCGGAUUUUCGCAGCUGGCCGGUCUGGCGCUGGACCUGGGUGGCGGCAGCAUGCAAAUGACCUGGAUCGUGUCGAACGCCGGCCAGGUGGUGACGAGCCCGCAGGGCGCCGUGAGCUUCCCUUACGGCGCCGCUGCCCUCACCCGGACGCUGGCAGAGCUAGAAAAAGGCCGCAGCAAGGAAGACGCUCGUCGGGCCAAGCAGGCCUUCCGCCGUACCAUGGAGGAGAACUUUCGACGGGCCUGGACAGCGUUGGAUAUCCCCCAGUGGCUCCUCGAUCGCGCGCGGCGAGACGGCGGCUUCCAGGUCUACCUGUCGGGCGGCGGAUUCCGGGGCUGGGGAUAUCUGCUGUUGUACCGGCACCAGGCGCGCGGCGAGGACUAUCCCCUGUCCAUCAUCAACGGAUACACAGCACCCAAGGAGGACUUCGAGAACACCCGGGCCUUGAAGGAGAUCGCGCGCACCGCUCGCAAGAUCUUCCGCGUGUCGGACCGCCGGCGCAAACAGGUUCCCUCGGUGGCCUUCUUGAUUAACGCCUUGGCCGAGGCCGUGCCGUACGGGAUUCGCGAGGCCCACUUCUGUCAAGGCGGCGUGCGCGAGGGCCUGCUCUUCCGCACGAUUCCUCCCAUGGUGCGCCAGCAGGAUCCGUUGACCGUAGCGACCCGGCCCUUUGCGCGGCCCUCAGCGCAGGCUCUCGCCGGCUUGCUCAUCGCCUGCAUUCCCCGACCGACUGCCGACCGACGCUUUCCGCCGUCCGUGUCCGAUCAGGUGCUGCAGGCGCUGGCGAACGCCCUCUACGUGCAUGCCGCCCUGUCAACCGAGCUCUCGUCAGCGGCCGCCUUGUAUAGUACCGGCACGGGCGUGCUGUCGGACGCACACGGGGUACCGCACGCCGACCGGGCGCGCCUGGCGCUGAUGCUGCAGGAACGCUACGGCGGCGAGCUGCCGCGACGCGAACAAGCCUUUCGGGAGCGUCUGCGCGAUUUGUUGACGCCGGAGGAGGCCUGGUGGAUGCGGUACGUAGGCAAGGUGGCGCUGGUGCUGGCGCGCGUCUAUCCGCUAGGCGUUGUCGACACCGCGCGACCCCGGCUGCUACCCCUAGCGGAAUGGGCCAACGAUUUGGGCUCGCACAGCGAUCGUGCCGGCAUUGCCCUGACGUUCGCCGUGCAAAAGGUGGCCUUCGAUCCGACGCGGCUGAAGCAGGAGUUGGCGCAGGACCUGCGGAAGAUCCAGAAGGUAGGCAAGCGGAAACACUGGAUCGGGGGACGCGACGGCUGGGGCAUGAAGGUGCAGGUGAAACUGGUGGAAGAGGAUCUGCUGUAG